CAUCAACAAUCAGUUUUCGCCGGGCGCUUGCACGAGAGGGCUGCGUUCGUACGCUCUCUGUAUCUCCCGCGUUUUAUUCCCUCACAUUUCUAGUUUUUCGAUUGUGAUCGACUCCCUACCAAUUCCUUAAAACAUCGUUUAAUGCAAACAACUUUAUCAACGCGUGAUUAAUAUAACCUCCUUGAAAGUGUUCGAAUUUUCAAAUCCAGCCGCAGUCUUGCAGCUUGUGUUCGUUCGAGGAAGGAAAUAGUGAUAACUUGUGCGAACCUGGAUACCUACUAAACGGGAAUUUCGUUUCGCCGAAAGUGUCGACACGUGAUUGGAUAACAUACGUGCUGUAGCUAACCACACAGUGAAGCAAUAUUUGUCCUUUAACAAAUCUUGAUAAAGUGAUCUUAAAUUCAAAAUAAACCGAAGCCAGUGUUAUCAUUUUAAAAUCGUCAAAGUAAACAACUGCGAUAAGUGCGUUCAGUGAUUCGUAUCGCAUUUUAGUGGAAGAUAUUUUUCACGGGAGAGUAUCAGGUGUUUCCGUUCUGAAUUGCAGUGUUUUUCGAGUACUUGGGGCGCCGCGUGCUAAAUUAAUUAAAAGCGGGCAACAUGCAUCGAUUGCAUUGACAUCCCGAUGGUGGUGAUCGGGAAUCAAUUAGAGGGAUCGAGAGAACAGGUUCUCGGGCUAAAUUAAUUCGGUUUUAAUUCCCAGUCGAUGAGCCGGUUCCGAAAUGGCGGCCGCGGCGUGUGAUUUAUCGCGGGGCAAUUUUUUCCUGUGCGUUUUUAUCUCGGUGUGUUUUUCUGCCGGACUCACCGUCAGCGAGGAAGAUCUCGGAUCCCCGUUGCGCACCGCGCAGUGCCGGGCUGGAUGCGUUAAUAAGUUCCCUGUGGUUCCGCUCAAACUGUCUUCAUGUUUGCAAGAUACUGAAUGCAAUAUGUGCUGGGAGAACUGCCAACUCCUCGAAUCUUUCCCGGCUUUCGAGGCCAUUUGCUCCAAGUCAUCCGUUUGCUUCGCGGGAUGCCAAGAAGCGUGCAAGUUCCACUCGGAGUCGUGGCGGAACGGGACUUGGGGUCAGCGGGCGCCGGUGGAGAUGACGACGGGCGAGCGGGUGCUGAGCGCGGAGGCGUCGUGGGUGCGGUGGCCGCGGCCGCGGGGGGCGCCGUCCUCGUCGGUGGGCGCCCUCGUCUACGUGGUGCUGCGGCGGGCGCCGGGGCCGGGGCGCGGCUGGCGGCAGCUGGAGCAGACGCCCGAGCAGGCGGCCCGCGUCGCCCCUGACCCGGGCGCCGGCGCCCUCCGGGUGCUCGCCGUCAACCGGACCGGCCUCGUGGCCAUCUACUCGCCCCAGGCCCGGCCUCGCCUCGAGGGCGCCGACAUCAUCAUGAGGAGUCUCGGACGAGCCGGUCUCUUCGCCGAUCCUCAGCUCAAAGCCGGACGCAGGAUUAACACCCCCGUCUCGAGGCUGUCCACAACCAACCCUCUCAAGCUCCUGGCGGGCUCGGAGAACACGCAGUCGUCGCCCUCCCUGUGGAACCUGCGAGAGAUCUCGCUGAUCCACCAGAGGGUGUUGGUGAUCGCGGAGAUCGCGUGGGACGCCCGAAAAGGCGCCCCAUCGACGACGCCCACCCCCGGUUCCGGCCCCGGCCCUGUCGUCUACUUGGUCACCUGGGAGAUCGACGGCGGAGGCCUUAAGGGAAACCUCUUCACCAACUCCACCUGUGUUACCCUAUCUCUCUGGCCGGACACCGUCUGUCACAUCAAGGUGGAGGUCUACGACUCGAAGCAGCGGAGCCGACCCGACCAGAGCGAGGAACUAGUCCUGGAUACUCACCGCGUGAGCCGAGCGGAGUCGGAAGAGGCUCCAUCGGCGGCGCCCUCCUCGGCGCCCCUUUCGCAGGCGGCGCCGCCGACGGGCGCCCCCGGGCGGAACCGUUCGAUCCAGAUCUGGGCGGUGGAGUCGGAGCUGGGCGAGCGGCGCGUGGAGCGGCUCGGCGCCGAGCGAGACUCGCUCCUCGAGCUCGUCCUCGGGGCGACCCUCGCUGUUAUUCUCUUCUUGGGCAUCGUCGCUUCCCUCGCCCUCAGCCACCGUCGCCGUGCCCACCUGGCUGCCAAGGGCGCCCCUUUCGAUGCCGCCCCCGCCCCCGAGGUAGCUAGCCUCGUCCACCAGGUCCGCGAGCUUCCGAGCAGGGAUCAACUUAAACGCCCACCGCCUGGUGACGUAGCGCCAAGUUUUAACCAAGGUCCAGUACCGGUGACUAAAUUCCUCAACAGUUAUUCUUCUUGGAUGACGCCAACCUUGCCCAUUGGCCAAUCAGACCUGAGCUUUUCCGGAUCUGGCCAAUCACAAGCGUCGCCAGUCGCCACUCAUCUAGUCAAUGCUCCGCUAGGAACCAAACUCACCUCAGCCAACUCUAGUGUAAAUUUCUACAAUCCUAAUCAAACCGAAUCGGUCUCCUAGAUAAUCCCGACACGCAGGUUUUCCCUGCGCAAACCUCGUGUGAAAUAUCAUCUUUUGUAGUUAGUUGUAAUAAUGUAUAAUUGUACGAAUUGUACAAUUGUAUGUUGUAUAAUUGUACGAACGCGCGCCGCAGAAAAUUUUAAACGUCCAGCACUUCGAAUUUUAUUUUACAAAUUCUUUCUGUGUCGCAGAACCUCGAGCAUCUUUCAUGUUUCACAGUUUUAGCGAGUUUCUCUGUUCGAUUCAAACAGAAAGAUCCUUAUACCUUAUCCAAAUGAGAGCAUAGAAUUUUAAGUCAAAGCUCAUGGAAGCUUAAUUAUAUUAGACUAUACCUCAACUGCAACUCAAUUGCGAGAUGUGAUGAUUGAAGUAACGAAGUUUGAUUCAAUUUUUAUGUAACGCGAUUUGUAUUCCACAUAUUCUUGAUGUGAAAAAAUAGCUUCGAAUGAUUGGAUCUCUCUCCCUAUUACCAGGAAAUAAUGGUCAUAUGUACCGAGUUAAGUAAAAAAGAACCAAGUCACAUCACGUUUAAAUCCAGAGGAAGGGGCUGGAAGUUUUAUUCCUCCGAAAAAUUGAAUAUUACAAAGGAAAUUGGAACUUCAAAAUUUUGAACUCCACCUUUUAUUUUGGACAGGAAAACACGUAUGAAUAAAUUGAGCUCAUCACGUACUGUCCAUCAAUUUUUGCUCCAAAAUAAGGUCUGAUUUUCUCUUGCUCUGUCCAUCUUUACUAAAGAAUAAAAAUCGUCGUUUUCUAAUUUACACUUUCGAAGAAUUCGAAGUGAGCCUGUCUAAAAUAUCACCACUUUUAGCUGUGGCAUAUUAUAGUCAAACAAAUCCGUUUUUGAAUCUAACAAUAUGAAAAUCAAAGCUUUUAAAUAAUUUUCACUAUUGAUAAUGUUGCUUACGCAGGAGUCUCAUUUUGAUACCCUUAGCCAUUUUUAACAUGGUUUAAAACGGUAGGAUUUAGAGCACCAACUUGACUGAAGUUGAACUCGAGUCUAAGAAUUCGAGGAUCAGAAAAAGUUCGAUUCGAUCGAAGUUCUUCAUCCCCGUCAAAGUUCGAAAGUGCAGCAGCGCCAUCGAGUCUAAAAAUUUGCUUUGCGCGUCCGUGCAAACGCAUCACGUUUUUAGUUACUUUGUUUGUUUACUUAAUUAUUUUAUUUCGUUUCGUUUCAAUUCGCUUCUCGUUUAUUUUGGAGAGCGUAUUGUGCCCCACCGUGUAAUUAUGAAUAUUGUGAAUACCUGUAAAUAUGUAUUUUUCUCGUGUUUAAGCGAACUGUCGAGCCCACGGCAUGUUUAAAGAGUGCAGUGAUCUAUCAUCGAUUUGUAUUGAAAGUUUUCAGUCCGUUGAUUUAUUCGAUAGCAACCAAUGGCGAAGCGUGAAUGAUCGAUUAUCGAUAUUUCCCCAUUUGAAGCUAUGGUAAAGAAUCGAUUAUGAAGGUGUUUGUUGCGAACACCCUGUAUAUCGAUCCUUUUCCAGAGGUUUAAAUGGCAGAUUAAUCGAUAUAUCGCAAAACACGCCACGCCACCGGUUCCAGCAAAAUUUCAAAGUUGCGUCCGCAAUUUCCGCCAAGAUUUUUAUGAGUUGAAUCCUCUAAUUUUGCUAAUUUGAAGUAGAGGCUGGAAAAAGAAAGAUAAUUUUAAAAAAAAUUUAAAAUUCAAUCCAGAAGAAUGUGAACUUAUUAACUGUUUCAGUUAAUGUAUAUUUUCCCCUUUUUAUUUUAUUUGAGAUCCCAUCUCGUUCAAAGCCUUUGUAUCAUGAGGCAAUAAAGGCAUGUAAAUGAUUGAUAUCUCAUGAUGAUAACUUGCAUACAUGAAUCAGUGGAAUUUUGUUUCUCCUUUUGAUUAGAGUACUUAAUUGUACAUUUAGUCUCAGUUUAAUCAAAGAUUUCGGUUAGUUUUAGUCCAAAACCUACAAUUAACGGUUUGACUUUCAGUAUGUAGUGUUACGUCGUGCAUGUAUAUCAGGAAGUAUAAUUUAACCUAUCGAAUACUUAUUUUUUCAUAUAAUUUCUUCGGAGUUAUGAAUGAUUUGAAACUUGAAAUUUUCAAGAAGCCUUGCCAUCUAACCCGAAGAAUUUUGAGAAAAUAUUUCAUAGCUUAAAUAUGACGUCACCUAAGUUUCCAUUCAACUCCUUUAAAGUUAACGUCAUUUCAUUAGUGCCACCAAAUCAAUAAAAGCGAAUUUCACCAAGUAUGUCAUAAAAAGAUCGAUGAUAAGUUAGAUCGCAUGAAUAAAUCUCGUAAAAAUUUGUAUAUUUGUAACACAUUUUUUCAUGGCGAAGCCAAAGAAUAUCCCUGGUUUUUACAAUAAUUCUGAAGAGCUUAUAUGCUUUUUUAUCGCCUUGCGAAGAUAAUUAUUGUUGAUUUUCCGAGCAGUUUGUACCGUUCCUUUCCUGUAUUAUGUUUUGCAGUCUUAUUUGAACGCGUGAUUGGAGAUUGGCUCCUAUAAGAGUUGUUUCGAACCACGUUUUAUACAGAUAUCGAGUGACAAAUACGUAUCGAUUUACCAAUAAGAACACUGAAAGAGGUUCCGCUUCACAAAGAUUGGAAACAAUUAUUGUAAUUUGUUUCAGUUGGGUGAAAUCCAAACAAUAUUGUAACCAAUUCGAGUACCCGUAAUAGACGAUUUUAUAAGUCGCAACCAGCGGCGUGGCGUGCUUUGCAGUGUAUCGAGUGAUCUGCCAUUUAAACCUAUGGAAAAGUAUCGAUAAACGGGGUGUUCGAAACGGACUCCUUAAUAAUCGAUUCUUAGUCAUCGCUUCAAAUGGGGAAGUAUCGUUAAUCGAUCAUUCACCCCUGAUCACUGGUCGCAACGUCAAGACGUUGCCGCAAAGAUUUUUUUAAUAAAUCGAUAAUUAUCGCAUAAUAAAGACCUGUAGCCACAUGAGUGAGUUGUAAUUUUUAUCCGAUUUCCUAGCAAUCAUUUUCAAGACUGUUUCGUUGUAUUUUUCCCGAUGUAUCUUAUGAUUUUAGUGUAUAAUUUCAACUAGUCCGAACAUUUGUAUUUUUGUGAAGUUUCUCUAUUUUCACCUUUGUAUUUUGUAAAUAUUGUUUGAUUUUUUGCUGUAGAAAGACUGUAACAUUUUUUGUCGAGGAUCUAAUUUAUCAUCAUUUGUAAUUACUUAUGUAUGAAUAAAAACCUAUUUAUGUAUGAAA